CUGUGAUAACUCGGAUGUAUUAACGUGCUCUCCACACCAGUAUAUUGCAAGUGUCCGUUCGCAACACAUCGCACCAUGAGAAGUAUCGUUUUAACCGUGUUGGCUUUCGCCUUAAUCUUCGCCAACGCUAGUGCGCAUCAGUAUGCGCUUGCCGAGGAGGAGGAAGGCUACGAACCGUUCCAGCCCUUCAUCUCUGGCGGUACCAAUGCCGUGAAUGGACAGUUUCCCUCGAUUGUGGCCGUUGGUUUACCGGCACCGCCCAACAAUGCGUUCUGUGGUGGCGUUAUAUUGAACGAAAACCAUGUCCUCACGGCGGCACGCUGCGUUCUAACGCCCCAGCACACACUGAUCUUCGCGAACCAGCUGAACAUCCUGUCCGGCAUGUUGCAGCUUAACUUCGGUGCACCACGCAUCGGUAUCGCUGCCGUCUAUGUCCAUCCGCAGUACAAUCCGUUCACGUUCGAGAACAACAUAGCGGUGCUGCGUACGAGCUCGAACUUCUUCGUCCCGAUAGUGCCCGUACCAAACCUGGACUUUGCGCUCUUCUACGAGGAGAUACCGUUCGAUGGCCAGGCAUGCCAGGUUGUGGGCUGGAACAAUGGAACGGCAACUCCAGUGCAGCAGUUCAUCAAUGCACCCAUCCUGAACCGUGACACAUGUAACGGGCUGGCCGUACAUUUGGGCAAUAUCCGAGAGUCGAUGGUAUGUGCUGGUGCAACAAAUGCUGGUCCGGGCGUUUGUGCCAGCAAUAUCGGUACGGGAUUGUUCUGCGAUGGGCGGCUUGCCGGUAUCCUAUCGACGGGGCUGGGCUGCGGUCAGGCCAAUAAUCCCGGUGUGUAUGCGCAGAUUCGGUUCUAUCUUCCCUGGAUACGGGAGCAGUUCUCGCGGCAAGAUAUUCCACUCGGUGGUACAUCGCCCAUUCCGGUGAUGUGAAGAGGGUGAUCGUUUGGAAGUGGUGUGCAAUAAAGUGAACAGAGGAAACCAAGGAGAAAACUUAACCUUUUUAUGCCUUUU